AUGCAUUUCCUGUGCUCAUUCAAACUUCGCGGUGAAGACUGCAGAUACUCCUUGGUGUUCAUCAGCGCAGGCCGAACCAACCGAGGAGACCGACUUUUUGUGGCUCUGAGUCUUGCUGAGAUCGCUCUACAUUCCAUUCCAUCUGUGGCCGUCGAGACUCUCAACGGUAAGAGAGAGUGGAGAGUAAACGCUGCUGGAUGCAAAAUAGUACGCGCUCUACAGAUGGAUCAGUAUAAAGUCUGCGGUCGGCCACGUUCUGCUUCUCAUCGAGUUAUCAGUCUCCAGCACUUCGAAGGAUCUACAUCAUCAGUACCACCUAACAAAUUCACAUCAAGAAUAACCUUGACGCCACCUAGUCCAUCCAUCCACAUCUUCUCCCUCGAACUCCUUUGA